UUUCUUUUUAGACAAUAUUGUAAUAGUCUUGUAAAAAUUGUCUUUAAAAUUCUGUGGUGUUAAAAUAUCUCAUUUGAUAUUAGUACUGGAAAUAAUCAUUGAUGGCCCCUAGCUCAACCCUCUCAUUUUACAAAUGGGAGAAUUAAAACCUGGGCUAGUUAAUUGCCUUUCCAAACCCUCAAGGCUAGGUAGGGCCGUGGCCCAGAGCUCUUGUUUUCCAGUUCAUUGUUCAUUCUGUCAUUUAGAAAAUGUUUGGUACCUUUUAAAAACAUCUUCUGUCAUUAAGUAUUUGUAAUGACAGAAGAAAGAACAUUCUAAUGUCACUUUUUCCUGGACAUAAUUACAGAACUCCAUGUAUGUCAGACACCAAGCUAUCCUCUUUACAUAUAUUAUGCCAUUUAUUUCUCAUUUUGAUGCUGUAAUGUAGUUUAAUAUUAUUAUUAUUGUUAUUUUGAGAGAGUUGCACUCUGUUGCCCAGCCUGGAGUGCAGUGGUGCAGUUCAGCUCACUGCAGCCUCCACCCCACCUCCCAGGUUCAAGCGAUUCUCCUGCUUCAGCCACCCAAGUAGCUGGGAUUACAGGUGUGCGCCAACAUGCCCGGCUAAUUUUUGUAUUUUUAGUAGAGACGGGUUUCACCAUGUUGGCCGAGCUGGUCUUGAACUCCUGACCUCAAGUGAUCCACCUGCCUCAGCCUCCCAAAGUGCUGGGAUUACAGACCUGAGCCACCGUGCCCCACCUAUUAUCUCCUUAUUCGCUUUUUAAAGAUGGAAAAUGGAAGCUUACAGAAGUUAACAUCUUAUUACACAUUAGACAGCAGUGGUAAAACUAAGGACUCACCUGAAAUCAACAAUUGUUAAGGUUUGGUGAUACUGAUAAUAAUAGCAGAAUGUACUGGGUGAUAAUUGUGUGCCAGGCACCUUUCUCAGCAUUUUGUGUACAUUAAUUCAUUUAAUCUUUACAAUAACUUUAUGAGGUAUAGGUUUUCAAAAUAAAGAUUUUCUUAUCACAUUUUUUUUUUUUUUAAUUUUUUUGAGAUGGAGUCUUGCUCUGUUGCCCAGGCUGGAGUGCAGUGGCCUCGGCUCACUGCAACUUCUGCCUCCUGUGUUCAAGCACUUCUCCUGUCUCAGCCUCCUGAGUAGCUGGCAUUACAGGUGUGCGCCACCAUGCCCAGCUAAUUUUAGUAUUUUUAGUAGAGAUGGGGUUUCACCAUGUUGGUGGGGCUGGUCUCGAACUCCUGACUUCAUGAUCUGCCCGCCUCGGCCUCCUAAGUGCUGGGAUCACAGGUGUGAGCCAUCGCCCCUGGCCAUUAUCAUCAUUUUAAAGUAAGGAAAUUGAAGUGAAGCAACUUGACCAAAGUCAUAUAACUAAUAAGUGGUAUCUCUGCAUUUUUUUAUCUUUUGAAUUUGUUAUUAAAAUCUAGUAAAUAAGUUGAUAUUCAUAAGAUUCUUUAUUGUCCAAGGAGUUUUAAUGCAUGUAGUGAGGAUCAUUUAACUACUUUUAUUUUAAAAGCUGAGGUAUAAAUUCAGAAACCAAUAAAUAAAACUUUGGCAAUUAAAAUGCAGAUUCUGGGCGAGAUUUGGUUUGUGAGGUUCGACAAGUAGCAGUCACCAUCUCUGCUUGCUGAAAAGCUGCAGAGGCCACCGAGAACCUACGCACCUGAGUCUUUUACCUUUACCCAAGAAAAGAAUAAAAGAGGUCAGAGGAUGACAACUGUGUCCUCAACAGCCAGGCCCCAGGAAUCAGUGGCUUUUGAUGACGUGGCUGUGUACUUCACUAAGAAGGAAUGGGCCAUCAUGGUGCCUGACCAGAGAGCCUUAUACAGGGAUGUGAUGCUGGAGAACUAUGAGGCUGUGGCCUUUGUAGCAGUACCACCGACUUCUAAACCAGCUUUGGUCUCUCAUCUGGAGCAAGGGAAAGAGCCCUGUUUCACCCAACCACAGGGAGUCCUAAGCAGGAGGGACUGGAGAGCAGGCUUUAUAGGACACUCAGAACUGAGAAGAUAUACUUACUUAGCUAAAGCAAUGUUAUAUGUAAUAAAAUCAAAAAUUCUUCAAAAUCGUCGAUGCUGGGAAGACAGGAGAAAGGCUUAAUUCUUGACAUUUAAAUACCAGUUUUCCAAGUCAGGACUUGAUGUAAGAGCCACCUUAAAUGAUGUCAAAUGCACAUUUUCUUUUUCUGUAGACUACUUUCUGUAGUUAAUGUUUUUCAUUCAUUAAAAUAAUUCAUUUUGAUGUAAAAAAAAAAUGCAGAUUCUGGUUCAGUAGGACCAGAAUAGGGCCUGAGAGUACAUUUCUAACAGACCUUAAGAGAUCACCUGUGUUUCUGGACCACAUUUUGAGUAGCAAGGGUAAACAGGUAUCACUAUGACGAAAAAAAAGAACUUUUCAGUAUCUUGUUGGUCUGAGAUUCCAAUAUUACAUUUUUCACUGGUGGAGUCAUAUGAAUUAGCCCAUAAAUUGUCAUGUGAAACUUCUUGUUCCUGCCAAGUGAGUCAUUUGAAUUGAGCAUGUUCAUUUACUUAAGAGGGCCAAUGCCAGCUUCUCUAUAAAACAAAGUGCCAGUAUACUGUACCAGCAUGAUUUAUAGAGGGAAAAAUACUUUUUAUGAAGUGUCAUCAGAGAUAAUGCCAAAGUCAAAGUCUGUUUUGAGAAAAUUUAUUUGACCAUAAGAAACAGCAAUAGAUUCCAUAGGAAACUUGAUAUUGCCUGUGUAAUGUAAGGGGUGACAGACUUUUGCUACCUCGAAUAAGAUAAUUUUUAUAAAAAAUUAAAAUAUGUUAUUAGAAUUUUACCUUAUAAAAAUGUACUGCUUCAUACUUUAAAAAUGUAUAACUGUGAUCCUAGACUGGGUCCUGUAAUAGAAGGAAAAAUGCUAUCAAAACCAUUAAUGGGGCAAGUGACAAAACUGAAACAUAGCCAGUGGAUUAGAUAAAGAUACUGUAUUACUGUUAAAUUUAUCGAAGUUAAAUACUAUGAUUAUGUAAAAGAAUAUCCUUAAUGUUAGGAAUUUUUUUUUUUUUUUGAGAUGGAGUUUCACUCUUGUUACCCAGGCUGGAGUGCAAUGGCGCGAUCAUGGCUCACUGCAACCUCCGCCUUCUGGGUUCAAGUAAUUGUCCUGCCUCAGCCUCCCGAGUAGCUGGGACUACAGGCGUGCACCACCAUGCCCAGCUAAUUUUUGUAUUUUUAGUAGAGACGGGGUUUCACCUUGUUGACCAGGAUGAUCUCUAGCUCUUGACCUCGUGAUCCACCUGCCUCAGCCUCCCAAAGUGCUGGGAUUAUAGGCGUGAGCCACUGCGCCCAGCCUAAUCAGGAAUUUUAAGAGUAAAGGGCCUCUAAGUUUGGUGGCUCACACCUGUAAUCCCAGCACUUGGGAUGCUGAGGCGGGCGGAUCACGAGGUCUAGAAAUUGAGACCAUCCUGGCCAGCAUGGUGAAACCCCGUCUCUACUAAAAAUACAAAAACUAUUAGCUGGGUGUGGCAGUGUGCAUCUGUAGUCCCAGCUACUCAGGAGGCUGAGGCAGGAGAAUCACUUGAACCCAGCAGGCAGAGGUUACAGUGAGCUGAGAUUGCACCUCUGUACUUCAUCCUGGCAAGACAGCGAGACUGUGUCUCAGUUUCAGGGAGGGGAGGGGAAAGCCAAGCACAGUGGCCUAUGCCUGUAAUCCCAGCACUUUGGCCAGGUGGAUCGCUUGAGGUCAGGAGUUCAAUACCAGCCUGGCCACCACGGCGAAACCCCAUCUCUACUAAAAUUUAAAAAAUUAGCUGGUGUGGUGACAGGCACCUGUGGUCCCAGCUACUCAAGAGGCUGAGACAGGCGAAUCCCUUGAUCCUGAGAGGUGGAGGUUGCAGUAAGCCAAGAUCAUGGUACUGCACUCCAGCUUGGGUGACAGUCAGACCUUGUCGCCAAAAAAGAGAGUAAAAGGCCAUGAUGUAUACAACGCACUCUCAGAUAGUUCAGUCUCUCCUCCCAGAUCGAUAUAUAUAUACAUAUAUAUGGAAAAAAGGUAAUAAAUGAAUCAAAAUGUUAGAUAAAUAAUAUUUAGAUAGAUAAAUCUGGAUAAAGGGCAUAUAGAUUUUCUUUGCACUAUCCUUACAACUUUUCUCUAAGUUUAAAAUUUCAAAGUAUUUGUGUGUCUAAACAAAAAAGGUGCAGUUAAAAAAAAGAAGGAAAAGAAACUCCAAAUGAAAAAUAUUGUGAGGGAAAAUUGCAUAAGAUGGAUUUAUAUUUACUAAUACAAAUGUUUUAUUUAGUGCUAAAAUUUAUUCAAAAUUUGACAAAGCAAAUUAUUGUAAACAGGUUCAGUGUAUAAUCUAGGAAGUGCAUUUUCAAACAUAUUUGAGUAUUCUAUACAUAUUUUAUAUGUAAAUGUUUUAAAUUUAAAAGAAUUUAAAGCCAGUGUGUUUAAUGUUUUCUUCUCUACCUACAUAAAAUACAAGAUAACUGUUUAGAUAUUUAUUCGUUGUUCAGUAGUAUCUGAAUUCUUGAAUCCUUUAAAAUGAAUUUUACUUUAAAACUAAAUGAGUUGGCCGGGCGCGGUGGCUCACACCUGUAAUCCCAGCACUUUGGGAGGCCGAGGCGGGUGGAUCACGAGGUCAAGAAAUUGAGACCAUCCUGGUCAACAUGGUGAAACCCUGUCUCUACUAAAAAUACAAAAAAUUAGCUGGGCAUGGUGGCGCAUGCCUGUAAUUCCAGCUACUCAGGAGGCUGAGGCAGAAUUGCCUGAACCCAGGAGGCAGAGGUUGCGGUGAGCCGAGAUGGCGCCAUUGCACUCCUGCCUGGGUAACAAGAGGGAAACUCCGUCUCAAAAAAAAAAAAAAAAAAAACUAAAUGAGUCAUCAG